AUGCGCAGUCUCUUGACCCUGGGCGCAGCCUUGGGCCUACCUCUGCUCGCCUCAGCAGCAUGCCCAGAUUACAACGAUUAUUCCAAGGCCAUUCACGAGCCCUCCAGCUCCGGAAAAUACAAGCUUUCUUAUCAACGACCGUCGAAAGAAUGCCGGACCUUUAGAUCUCAGGGCAUUGAUGAUACUGUCACACGCAUGAAGAAUGUCGUCAAAGAUCCCGAUCUAUACCGCCUCUUUGAGAAUUCGUUUCCCAACACGCUCGACACUGCCAUCAAGUGGAAGGGAUAUGCGGCUGAUAACAAGGACGAAGAGUUGACUUUUGUCAUCACUGGUGACAUCAACGCCAUGUGGCUACGUGACUCGUCGAACCAGCUGCAAAGCUAUCUCCCGCUUCUCAAGGCGAGCAACGACCCAAACUCGAUUGCCAGCCUGUACCGUGGAGUCAUCAACCUGCAGGCGCGGUACAUGCUCACAUCGCCAUAUUGCAACUCAUUUCAACCCCCGGUCGAAAGCGGUCUUGCCCCAGCAUGGAAUGAAUACGGCGUCGGGGAUGACGUGUUUCCGAAAUUUUCCAACCUCACCGUGUUUGAGUGCAAAUAUGAGCUCGACUCGCUCGCCGCCUUUUUGCAAAUCUCCGCAGACUACUACAACGCUACUGGAGAUUUCGAGUUCUUUGGGAAAUUCAAGUGGGUCCAAGCCGUCGAGGCUGUCCUGAAAGUCGCCAACGAUAUGAUGCAGCCAACCUACGGCUCGGAUGGAGAGGUUCUAAAAAGUCCGUAUACAUUCGAGCGAGGUACCAACCGUGGAAGCGAGACGUUUUGGAACAUGGGCAUUGGAAACCCGGUUGCCAACGGCACAGGCCUCAUCAGAAGCGGCUUCAGACCAAGCGACGACGUGACCUUUUACCAACUCUUCAUCCCUGCCAACAUGAUGUUUAGUUCGUACCUGGCACUGACUGCGCCGAUCAUGGCAAAGUUGAGCAAUCCCAAGGCUGCAGCCCUCGCGAAAACAAUGUCGGCACUCUCGGAGUCGUUGCACCACGCCAUCGAGACUCAUGGAACAGUUCAGCACGAGACAUACGGCAAAAUCUACGCUUACGAGAUUGACGGCUUCGGCGGGCGUAUCAUUAUGGAUGAUGCCAACCUUCCCAGUCUUCUCGGUGCGCCCUUUUACAAGUAUCCGGUCAACCGUGAGACUUACGAUAACACUCGCCGACUCGUUCUCAGCGCAGGGAACCCGUACUACAUGCGAGGACCCGUCAUCAGCGCAAUCGGUGGACCGCACAAGGGACUGGGCAAGGCAUGGCCAAUGGCUUCGAUUGUGCGCAUUUUCACGAGCGACAACGAUGAUGAAAUCGUCAAGGAGCUAGGGCAAAUAGUGAGCAGUACCGAUCGUUUGGGCCUGAUCCACGAGAGCGUCAAUAGCUUCAACCAGAGUGAUUACUCUAGGCAGUGGUUCUCAUGGGCGAACGGAUUAUUCGGCCAGGCCCUCUUGGAUCUUGAGGCGCGAAAGCCUGCAUUACUUCAGACGAGUUUUCAGUAAGACAAGGGUGGUAGAUUAGUGGAGCCACGGGAAAUGUCACACACGUGCGGUUUUGCAUUUGCAGCCCCAGUACAACCUGAUUAAAA